AUGCGGUUAAUAGAACCGGCCUGGGUAUGUUUAUUAUCAAUAUGGUUCAUAACAGUUUAUUGUGACGACCAACUAAGUCUAGAUCUAGUCGCUGCCGGAAGUGAUGUAGUAGAUGGAAAUUAUACCCUAGAUAGCUGUAGAAGUAUCAACUGCACCAGUUACAACGUAACCGAGUUUCAUGUUAACAUCGAAUGGUCAACAGUCACUGUUUAUCAACCAUUUAGCGUUUUGGCUGCAGCUUCAAGACUUCACAAUACAUCUGACAUACUCAUCAUAGCUGACGAUAAUGAUUAUCUCAGGCAUAAAGGGCAACGACUCCGCAUACCCGAAUCCCCAAUUGUUCGAUUUCCAUGGCAACGAAACACCGACAUGUGGCGGAUCGAGAAAGGCUUGAAACCAAUAUCUGAAAUUACUCCAGAAGACCAACUAGGCAUGUCAUUAGAGAUGUCCAGAAUUGACCAGUUCGAGUUUUGUGAGAGUGAAACGGUUAUGUCGAGAGCAGAGAGGGACAUGCUUGUUAAGAUUGUGACUAACAUGGGAUGGAAGAAAUUAGUUAUAAUUUGUGAUCAAUCCACAGAAUUUGAAACGAUGGAAUUAUCAACAGAAUUAUCCGUUCGUGGCAUCACCGUGACUAUUCUGGCUAUCAACGAGACAACCUCUAGUUACGCCUCCUAUCCAGGAUUAAAGGCCACCUAUGAUUUGGUUGGUGAUGAAGAAAUGGAUGUAGUAUUGCUUUGUUCACUUGGUUGUGUAAAAACUAUUCUAAAUGAGGCGAAUAUAUUCGAUGUUGAGCAAAAAAAUCUAACCGCUAUUCGUCAUUCGUCACGCUGGUUGGUAGCACAUUAUGGUUAUGAUCAGAAUUAUUUAGAGAAAUCUGGUAUAACUCUGGAUAAUGUAGCUGUCUUAAUUGGACCGAGUUAUCACGACUGUUAUCCUACUAAUAUUAAAAAGGUACUGCCUCAAGUUGUACAAGCUGCCUUACGUAAAGUUGAUAGUGAACCAAAUUAUAGUGGCGACGUUACUGUAGAUGGUUACGUCAAAUCGGAAAUAAAAUCGAUCUUAGAGAACCCUACGAUAAAGACCAAUCCACGUUUGGCUACGUUAAUAUGGAAAGAAGGUGGAAGACGUCAAUUAGAUAACGUUGAUAUAGAUGUUGAUGGGAAGGGUAAUAUAUUUCCUAAUACAGAUUUUGGCUUCAAUCAACGAGUAUUUUACGUUGCUACUCUUGAGUAUUCGCCUUUUGUAAUAAAGAAAGUUACGAACGGCACUGCUGUAUAUACUGGUUUAUGCAUGGAUUUGUUGUGGGAGCUUGCCAUCAGCCUUAAUUUUAGUUAUGUUAUGGUGGAACCACCGGAUGGAGAAUGGGGAAGAGUUAAUGAUGGCAAAUGGACGGGUUUGAUUGGUCAAGUAGCAUAUCAGGUAAAAAAAUCAACACAUAUUUAUGCGAAUUUAAACUUCACCUAA